AUGGCGUCCUCCAAUUCGAACCCAGCCUCGAGCGCACCGACUCCAGUUCCCUUCCCACAGCCCGAAGGACUGCGCGACCCCAAUGCACAGAGUCCCACUACCGAGUCGCCUACCACAGAAACGCGCCAGAGAACUUCGACGACUACUUCUACAGCCUCGAGUAGGAUACGCACAGCCAGCAUCAAGCUUAUGGGGGCCACUCCUCCUCCAGGAAUGUGGGCAGCGACUGGCGCAACCGCGUCCAAGGCGCCAUCGCUGUCAGACAUCAGGAAAGGCUCCUUUGGGACCGAAGGGUGGUGUGAGGAGACACAGCGGAAGAGGGCAGGUUCACGCACAAGUCAGGGAGAAGAGAGAUCGCCCACGGAACGAACACCAGGAACAAAGAAGAUGGCAUCUUCAAACAACGCGCUUGCUACGGAGCCUUUUCCUGCAUUGACAGAGGAGAGAACCCAAGAUGUGCCGAGACAUGAUGGUCAAGACAAGGAGACUGUGCCUGGCGUCGAGUCAGAGCAUAGCUCCGAAACGGCUGAGAAGAUGAUGCGGACGUCCUCUGGACAGUAUGCGAAUGGCUACGUACCGCCACCCAAGUUGCCCUGGAAGCGGUCGUUCGCUAUCGGUCUCAAAGGGUUCUGGAAGUGGUUUCGGACACCCGCUGGCUUUCUUAUCACUAUAUACGGACUUAACGUGGUCGCAUGGGGUGGGAUGCUAUUCCUACUACUUUGCAACGCAUCGCCAGCCAUGUGCGUCCCCAGUUGCAACGACAUCAACUCGCCGCGCCGAAAGUGGAUUGAAAUCGACUCGCAAAUCCUAAACGCACUGUUCUGUGUGACUGGCUUCGGUCUGGCACCUUGGCGGUUUAGAGACCUAUAUUGGUGGGGUUGGUGGAGACUUGGUGGCCCUAAACGCAGGGAUAUUGGCAUUCGACGGCUUGCCGGUCUACAUCGCGGAUGGUUUCGACUCCCAGGUUCGGAUCGUUUGCCCGAGGAGGCAGACGCAACGUAUGUUGAUCCCGAAGACCCUGCUGUGCCUAUUCCUGUCAGUUCCAUACCGGACCCGCCACCAACGGGAAUACGGGCUCCACCGACCAAAAGUUGGAAGAUGGAUUUUGUCCUCUGGAACAAUGCAUGGAACACGUUUUUCCAGGUUGUUCUCUGCUACUAUAUGUACAACUACAACCGAUAUAAGCGACCAUCCUGGGCGACAGGUACCUUCGUCGCCCUAGGAUGUAUAGUGGCUGGUAUUGCAGGCAUCAUGAUGUGGCACGAGGGCAAGAAUAUCAAGAAAAUCGAAGGCGUACCGAUGCGCAAGGAUUACGAGGAUAGAAGGGGAGACGCCGAGGCACACUCGCCACAGGAAGUACCCUUGGUCCCGACGGGAAAAGCGGCAAGAUCAUGA